AUGGAAGAUGAUUUUCAAUUUCAAAUUAUAUCUGGUGACAGUGAAGGUGAAUUUAAAAUAAAGAACAACAAAAAUAGUAAAUUAAAAAUAUAAAUUGAAAAAUAAGUGAAUUUUUCAUAAUUAUGCGAAAUAAAAUAAAAUGCAAAGAUUAUAUAAGAUGAAUUUGAACUUGAUAUAAUUUAUUAAGAAAAUAAAAAAAACGAUUCUAUUAACAACAAUAAAGAUCUAAAACAAACAGAUAUUUUAAACUUGAAUUAAAUUUGUAAUAUUAAAUAAAUUGACUAAACUUAGAAAACUAAUCAUACUAAUCAAUCUCAAUUGAAUUUUCUAAAUUUAAAUAACAGUUAACUAGAAAAAUAUAAUGAAUUUUCAGAUAUUAAACUCUUUUCUUCUAUAGAAUCUAAAAAACUUUCAUCUGAAAAGUUGAAUUAAUAAAAAUCGUUUAAGAAAAAUAAUAUAAAAUAAGCAUAUUAAAUAGAUAAUGAUAAUACUGAUGAAGCAGAUAGUGAGGAUAUUUAAGCACAAAAAUCUGAAGAGUAUACAAGUAUAAAAAAAAAUAAUAAAGAUUAAAAAGAAGCAGAAAAUGUGAUAGAAAUGGAAUAAAAAUAAGAAUGGUUAAUAAAAAAUAGAAUUAAACGACAUGAAAAUUAGGGUGAAACAAGUUAUAAUGAAAGUUUCGAUAUUUUAGAAAUUGUAGAUAAUGGAUAAAAGUCAGAAGUUAAUCUUUUUGAAUAAGGAUAAUUCAAAAGGAGUGAUAAUGGUAUAAAAAACACAUAAGAAUAAAAAUAAUUUUAAUUUAAAAAAGAAUUAUUCAAAUAAGAUUUAGAAAGAUUAUAAUCAUAAUCAAAUGCGAAUCAAAAUGAAAAAAAAUAGGAAAUUAAAGAUCCUUAUUUAAUUAAAAAAUAAAUUUAGAAUAACAAAAUAUAAGAGAUUUCUAAUCCUUAAUUAUUACCACAGAAUUUCGAAGUAAAAAAAAUAUUUGAAAAAAGAUUUGAACCAUAAAAAGACAAUUGGGAUUUUUCAAAAUAUGUGAUCACAAGCACAGACAAUAAAAUAGAUUCAGUUAAAAGUUCUUUUGAAUUAUAACCAAUAGAUUAAGUUUAUCAAACUGUUAACGAUUCAAAUUAGAAAAUCAUUAAUAGUUAUUUUAGUUCAAAUAAUUAGUAAAAUUUUACACAAUCAAUCUUAUAAAAAUAAUAAAUUGAUCCAUAAAUUAAAUAACAAAAUUUAAUGAUUAAAUAGUAAUAGGAGAAAUAAGGAUUCAUUUAAAGAUUUGGGGAUGAUUCAAUAAAAAAUAAUUAAGAUAUUGGUAAAUCUUUAAAAUAAAUUGGAAAGGAUUUUUAAAUUAAUUAGAAAAAGCCAAACCAUCAGGAAAUAAAAUAAUCACAUAGAGAAAUAGAAUUAUUAUAAUAAUAAAAAUAAUAGAGAUUUCCAGAAGGAAUUAAAAAAAGUUUAAACUUGUUUGAUUUAAAAUAAUAAUAACCUUUAUACAUGACUUCACGAGAGAAAGAGAGAAAGAAAUUUGAAAUGCAAGUUCAAAUUUUAGAUAAUCCAUUAGUUAAAUAAUAGGGUUAAAGAGAAACGGAAGAAUUAUUAAAUGAGGAUAAACAUGAAUUUAGAUCAAUUAAAAUAGAGAAAAAAAAGACUACUGAAUCAUUGAGAUUAUCUAAAUUUAAAAUGAUUUUAGACAACAAUAUGGGAGAAUCAUUUUAAGUAGGGAAACCUAUUUUUGAAUUUAAUAGAUUACUAAAAUAUUUAUUUUUGAAAAACUAUGAUAUACCAGAUAUAGCAGAUUAAGAAUAGAAGGUUAUUCCUAAUAAAUUUUAAAGUUCUGAGGAGUAUUGUAGAAUAUUUGAAUAUUUAUUCUUAAAUGAGGCUACUGCAUAAAUAAAAUAAGAUUUAAUAGAAUUUUUAAAAAAGAUAGAAAAGACAACAAAAUAUCGAAAAGUGUAAAUAAAGAUUGAUGAAAGUGAUAAUGAAUCUGAAGGUGCUAUAUUUAUUAUGAGAGGACCUUAGACUAAUUUAUAAAAAGAUCCUUAAGGUGCUAAUAAUAAAUAUUUAAAGGUAUAAGAUGAAAAAGAUGAGAAUUAAUCAGAAGAUUAAAAAUUAUAUUAUGAUAGUAUUAAGGAUGGAGUUUGUGAUUUGACAACUCUAAAAAAUUUUAUUGUAAUAAUUUCAAGCAAAAUUAAUAUAAAAUUAAGAUAAAUUAAUUAAUUGCAUGAAGAUAAGAUGAUAUUUUUUGGGAUUUUAAUAGAUCCAUAAAAAGCUUAAUAUUUACAAUAAAUAAGAAUAUAAACUUUUAUAAAUAAAUAAAGUUUAAAUGUAAAUUAAUGGCAUAAUGUAUUUUUAUUUCCUUUUUCUAAAAUUACAACAUUAAUUCGUGAAUAUUAGAUGAUAACAAGAUUAAAUUAUAAAACUCCUUUAGCAAAAUUAAUAUAUAAUCCAACUUCAGAAUAAUAAUUGAUAGGUUAAAAUGUUGAAGGAGGUUGGACUGUAUAAUUUAAAAAUUAAAUAUAAAAUAAAGAAUUAUUAUACCCGUUUUUAUAAACAGUGUAUCAAAAGUAUAAUGAGAGUCAAGCAAAUUCAAUAAGAGAUAUAAUAUUAAAGGAAAAAGGAAUAUGUUUAUUAUAAGGACCGGUAUGUUUUAUAGUAGAUAUUUUUUUAGCCAGGAACAGGUAAAACACAUACAUUAAUUGGAUUAUUAUCUGGAGUAUAUGAGUAUAUGAAAUUAAUGAAUAAAUUUCCAAGGAAGAAAAUAUUAGUAAAAUAAUAAAUUAUUAAUAAUAGAUUUGUGCACCUUCAAAUGCAGCUAUAGAUGAGAUUAUCUUAAGAAUUCUGUAAAAAGAAGGUUUAUUUGAUUCGAAGGGUAAUCCUAGAUAAGCUAAUAUCAUUAGGAUUGGUUUAUUAGAUGAAGAGAAUAUUCAUUCAGACAUAAUUAAGAAAGUUUCAUUAGAAGAUUUAGCAUAACAUAAAUUAUUUUCUACUUAAAAAUUGAAUGCAUAAUAAGAUUAAAAAACAACAGCAGAUUUAAGGAUUGAAUUAUGUUAAAUUUAGAAUCACAUUAAGAAAUUAGAGAAAAAGUUGAAUCAGCAUGGAAUAUCAUCUGAAGAUAGAAGGAUUAUUAAAGAUUAAAUCAAUUAAUUUAAUGAUUUAAGAAAGAUGAAAUAAGAAUAUUUAGAUAAAACAAGAGAAAAUAAAAAAAUGUAUAAAGAGUAUUAUAAUUAAUUUUGUGAAAAGUUAUUAAAUGAUGCUGAAAUUAUUUGUAGUACUUUAAGUUCAAGUGGGUCUGAUAAAUUAUCUAAGUAUUUGGAUUAAAUAGAUUUAUUGAUUGUAGAUGAGGCAGCUCAAUGUACUGAACCAUCUAAUAUUAUACCUUUAAGAUUGGGAAUUGAAAAAAUGAUAUUGAUAGGUGAUCCAAAAUAAUUACCUGCAACAACAUUUUCACCAGUUUCUAAUCAAACAUUAUAUAAUAGAAGUUUAUUUGAAAGAAUACUAGAUAAUAAUUUUGAACCUUAUUUCCUAGAUAUUUAAUAUAGAAUGCAUUCUGAAAUUAGAAUGUUCCCAUCAGAAUAUUUUUAUGGAAAUAAAUUGAAAGAUCAUUAAUCAACAAAUUCAAGAUAUUUACCAACAAAUUUCUUUUAAAAUAGACUAUUAUUCUUGGAUAUACUGGAUGGUUAAGAAAAGAAAGAUGGAACAUCAAAUAUAAAUGAAUAAGAAGCUUUUGUUAUAGUUUAAUUUAUUAAAUCAAUUAAAGAAGAAUUUCCGUCUUAAACAAUAGGAGUAAUAUGUGCUUAUAAAUCAUAAGUUAGAUAUAUUAAGACAUUACUUAAAAAAAGUUUAAUAGAUGAAAUCUUUUUAGAUUAAAAAACAAUAAGUAUUAAUACUGUUGAUUCAUUUUAAGUAAAAAUAUAUUCUAUAUAAUUAGGGUUAAGAAAAAGAUAUAAUACUAUUUAGUUGUGUUCGUUCUUCCUAAUCAGGAGGAAUAGGAUUUCUAAAUGAUGGAAGAAGAAUGAAUGUUGCUUUGACAAGAGCUAAAAAUGCACUAUUUAUUUUUGGAAAUGCUAUUACAGUAAUAUUUGAUUUUAAAUUUAGUUAUCAAAAAGUGAAUUAUGGAAAUCGAUGUUAAAAAAUAUGGUUUAAAGAUAACUUUAUAGAAAUAUUGACUCUACAAAAUUUUCAUUCGAGUUACUUUUAAAAGAUUAAUGGAAUUUUGAAAAUAAAUAAACAUCUCAAAAACUUAUUUCAUAUCUCAAAUAAUCGAAUUAAGAAAAUUAAGAAAAAUCAACCUAUAAUAUAUCAGAUUUUCAAAUAGAAAUAGCUUAGAAUCAGAAAUUUGAAAACAUUUAGAAUCAUGAAAUCAUUUAAUAAUAAUAUAAAAUUAAGAAAAAUAAUAAUAAGGAAAGUGUAUCUAAAUUUAAGAUUAUUAUAAAUAAUAAAGAAAAAGAUAGAAGUACUUCUGAAUAUGAAAUAUCUAAAAAAUUUAUUAAAAAUCAACAAAGUCAUAUUUUAUAAAGUUAAUCAAUAAAAAAUAAUUAAGAUAAUUCAAAAAUCAUUAAUAAUUAAUAACAAGUUCAAAUGGAAAUUAAAGCUGAAUAAAAAAGAAAGAAUUAAUCAGAUACUUAGUUGUAAAAUAAAGAGCAUCAACUUUACGAAGAUUUUGAUUUGAUCAGAUGCCUCCGUGAAGAAGGGCUUUUUUGA